GGAGUCAAGGGGUCUGAAUACGUCCCGAAUACACUGUAAGAGCAUAACCAAAGAUAACCAUAGAGAACUCUAUGGUACCCCUGGUGGUCAUGUUUAGUCUUACUUUUAAUGACGCGAUGAUCUGCGACUGCGCAGAUACGGCACGUCACACUUUCGCGAAACAGAGGAAUGUCUCCAACUAGUUAGCUGGGUACGAAUAAAAUAAUUUACGCUCAUAAUGUCGGUCUUUCAUGACGAAGUUGAGAUCGAGGACUUUGAAUAUGACGAGGAUGAAGAGACAUACUAUUUUCCCUGCCCAUGUGGCGACAGAUUUGCCAUAACCAAAGAGGAUUUGGAAAAUGGUGAAGAGGUGGCGACGUGUCCGAGCUGCUCGCUCAUUGUUAAAGUAAUCUACGACAAGGAGGAAUUUAUGUCUGGGGAGAUAAUCGAAGCACCAACUACAGAGAGCAGAUUGCAAUUGACUCCGUCCUCCUGACAGCGAUGAUACAUCCCCCUUCAUUUUCUCAUCUCCCAUCAGUAAAAGUGGACCCUGCAGCAUUUGUAUGUGCUUCCACACAACACAAAUAAACAUUAUGAACGAUAUGCUUCACUGGUGAGGUCUGGGAUGGAGGAUUCUCAGGAUUCAUUCACAUGUUCCUGGCAUUGGUUUUGCAGAGUCACGUAAAGGACCCUAACCACCACUAUUUGCACAACAUAUUUAAAUAAAUCCUUUAUUCUUUUAAGUCUUUCACUCCCUUUUUUAUAAACAUGUUUAUGCAUUUUUGUGGAUGCCUCAAGAUUAAACCAGGAUGAAGUGAAUACCAUUUUCUUUCUUCUUGUUAACUUGCUUGUAGUUUUUAUGUUUGAACAGCAGGGGAGGCAGAUGUUCAAGGAGAAAUACAGGCCUACUUACUGUACAGGGAAUAAAUAGAGUGCCGUUGGGAAAAUGGG